UCUCUCUCUCUCUCUCUCUCUCUUAAACAGUUCAGCGGUUCUUCUGCGUUCCAUGGGAUUUGAAAAUUGAAUGAAGAGUGCAGUCACUGGGCCGAUCGAGAAAUGGGUUGUGUCUCCUCGAGUUUGCUGAGCCGCGACGACGAGUUCCCGCAGCUCGGGAGCGCCGCGCUGGGCCACCACAUUGUCUCCCUCACCUCCACCACCUACGGCCUCCUCUCCAUGGACCCGCCUCAGCCGGGUCAACACCACUCCGCCACCACUCCACCGACCCCUCCCCAGCGCUUCACCCUCGGCUCCAUCUUCCCCUCCCCGCUCUCAGAUCCGAGGCCCCUCAGGCCCGUCCGGCCCGAAUCCGAGCUCUGCCCGGCUCGGCCUGAGCCCGAGGUGAUCAACUCGUGGGAGCUAAUGGCGGGCCUUGACACCGCCGACAGCUUCCGGUUCUCCCCUCUCCCACCCCCAAGAUUCAAGGAUCUGAGUCUGCCGAUCAAAGAGAACUGCAAUCCCAAUUUCGGAAACACUAAAUCGACGGUAUUGGAGAAAUUCGAGUUCCUCUGCCCGUCCAACGGGGAGAAUAAGGUAGUUCUCUACACGACGACCCUGCGGGGAGUCCGGAGCUCGUUCGAGGCGUGCAAUUCUGUCCGAUCCGCAAUCGAGGGCCUCGGGGUGGCCGUGUGCGAGAGGGAUGUCUCGAUGCAUAGCGGGUUCAGGGACGAGCUACGGGAGCUGAUGAGAGGGAAGGGGAAGGAGUUGUUGGUCCCGCCCAGGGUUUUUGUGAGGGGAAGGUACAUUGGUGGGGCGGAGGAAGUGAUGAGGAUAGCAGAGGAAGGGAAGCUGGCGGAGCUGCUCGAGGGGUUGCCAAAGGGAAAGGUCAGGAUGAUCUGUGAGGGAUGCGGGGGCGUGAGAUUCCUCCCAUGUUUUCGUUGCAAUGGUAGCUGCAAAGUUGUGAUCUCAAAAGGCGAAGAAGGAGAUGAAGAGGAGGGAGAUGAAUUGGUGGAAGGCGGGAGAAGAAGUAGCGCAAGGAAUGUCGUGGUCAGAUGCGUCAAGUGUAAUGAGAACGGGUUGGUUUUAUGCCCGAUUUGUAGCUGAGAUUACUCGUAGUCGUUCUAUUUGCUACCUUCCUAAGCUCUACUCGAGCUUGGUUUCACAAUAGUAAGAUAUCCUGUGUGCAAAUAUCAUGCUUUUACAUGGUUGAAAUGGAAAUGGUUUAAUGAAGUUUCUGUUUCAAUGCCAAGGAUAUGGUUUCAUGUAUUUUGUUUGGUUUUUCUCAGCAUCUCAAGCCACUUAGUCUAUGCAACUGAACAAUAAAUGAUAUUUUUAUGCCCGA